AUGGGAACCCUUAAGGACAAGCUCAGUACGCCCGUCGCAGAAGAGGAGGCUGCCGUCCUGAACAACAAGAUUACUGUAGUAGGCGUUGGACAAGUUGGCAUGGCAUGUGCUAUCAGCAUUCUGGGAAAGUCUCUGGCUGAUGAACUGGCCCUGGUGGAUGUCUUAGAAGACAAGCUCAAAGGAGAGAUGAUGGAUCUGCUGCACGGGAGCUUAUUUCUCCAGACCCCCAAAAUUGUGGCCCAUAAAGAUUACUCUGUGACAGCCAAUUCUAAGAUUGUGGUGGUGACGGCAGGAGUCCGCCAGCAGGAGUGGGAGAGCCAACUGAACCUGGUGCAGAGAAACGUCAAUGUAUUCAAGUUCAUUAUUCCUCAGAUCGUCAAGUACAGCCCUGACGGCACCAUCAUCGUGGUUUCCAAUCCAGUGGAUGUUCCUACUUAUGUCACCUGGAAACUGAGCGGGCUCCCUAAGCACCGUUUGACCGGGAGCGGAUGCAAUCUGGAUUCUGCUCGCUCCCGCUACUUCAUGACUGAGAAGAUUGGCAUCCAUCCCAGCAGCUGCCACGGAUGGAUCCUGGGCGAGCAUGGCGACUCCAGUGUGGCUGUGUGGAGCAGGGUGAACGUGGCAGGAAUCUCCCUCCAGGAACUGAAUCCAGAAAUGGGGACAGACAACGACAGUGAGAACUGGAAGGAGGUGCAUAAGAUGGUGGUGGACAAUGCCUAUGAAGUCAUCAAGCUAAAAGGCUACACCAACUGGGCCAUCGACCUCAUCGAGUCCAUGCUGAAAAACCUCUCUCGGAUUCACCCCGUGUCUACAAUGGUGAAGGGAAUGUGCGGCUUUGAGAAAGAAGUCUUCCUCAGUCUCCCGUGCAUCCUUAAUGCUCGGGGGCUGACCAGCGUCAUCAACCAGAAGCUGAAGGAUGACGAGGUCGCUCAGCUCAGGAAGAGUGCGGACACCCUAUGGGACAUCCAGAAAGACCUCAAAGACCUGUGA